GUCACCACAGGCAUAAAAACGGGCUUUUCCUGCGUCAGAUUGUGCGGGUGAAAGGGCCCUAAAGUGCAUAUUUUUUGUGCUGGGGAAUCCCUCACGGCUCUGGACACCCUGUUAGCGCUUUCCUGUAAGAGAGAACCUUCUUUCUAUCUCCUGCUGUUCGCGCGUCGUUUCGGCUCUCCACGGAAUUUAAACGUCACUCACGGUUGCGCGAGAAGCUUCACGCUCCGUGUGUCGCCAGUCCCCUGCCUCGCGCACAUUAAUAUUCCUGUAAGUCUCAGUCAUGAAUAACAAUUACACCAUAUACCGGGGGUAGAGGCGGGAGCUCGGUGCUCACACUCAGAGCGGCGGCAGCUCCGGGCGGAGGAAGGUUCUGUAUGGAGCAGUAGAGCCGGGCCGUGCCGUGCCGUGCCUGCAGAUACACACGCGCUUCUUUAGCCUGGAAUGAGUUUGGCUGUCUCGGCCCAAGCACGCCUUCACUAGCCUUGUGUUUUACCGUCAGCUCUUCCUGAAACCAACAGAGGAUUCACAGAUGUUAGUUCAUUCCUACUCUACUGCGGACCGGCAUGACGGUGUCUCGAGCCACAGCUCCCGCCUGUCCCAGCUGGGCUCGGUAUCGCAUGCGGGACCCUACUCCAGCGCACCGCCCUUGUCUCAUGCUCCCUCGUCGGACUUCCAGCCUCCGUACUUCCCACCGCCGUACCAGCCGCUUGCUCACUACCAGAGCCAGGACCCGUACUCCCACGUGAGCGACCCGUACUCCCUGAACUCCCUGCACCAGAGCCAGCAAGGCGCAUGGGGGGCGCGGCAGCGGCAGGACGCCGCCGGGGACCGGAUGGACAGCUCGGCUCUGCUGGCGCAGCCCCGGGCCUCGCUGCCUCAGCUGUCCGGACUGGACCCUCGGCGGGACUACGGUGGCGUGCGGCGGCCCGACGUGCUGCUGCACUCCGCUCACCCGGGACUGGAGCCCGGUAUGGGCGACGGACUGCUGCAUGGGCUGCACGGGAUGGAGGAUGUCCAGACCAUCGAGGACACUAACGGAACUAACAUAGGCCUACUGGAUCAAUCAGUAAUAAAAAAAGUCCCCAUGCCACCCAAGAACGUGGGCUCUCUGAUGCUCGGGAAGGACGGCCUGAUCGGUGGAGUGACCGUGAACAUAAACGAGGUGUUCUGCUCGGUACCGGGCCGCCUGUCGCUGCUCAGCUCCACCUCCAAGUACAAAGUGACCGUAGGGGAGGUCCAGAGGAGACUGUCCCCGCCCGAGUGCCUCAACGCCUCCUUGUUGGGGGGCGUGUUGAGAAGAGCAAAGUCUAAAAACGGUGGCAAAUGUCUGAGAGAAAAGCUGGAGAAGAUUGGGCUGAAUUUACCUGCUGGAAGACGCAAAGCUGCCAACGUCACGUUACUAACAUCUCUCGUAGAAGGUGAGGCGGUCCACCUGGCCCGGGACUUCGGUUACAUCUGCGAGACGGAGUUCCCCACCAAAGCCGUGAGCGAGUACCUCAACCGGCAGCACGCGGACCCCAACGAGCUGCACACGCGGAAAAACAUGCUGCUGGCGACAAAACAGCUGUGUAAGGAGUUUACAGACCUGCUGGCCCAGGACAGGACUCCCCUUGGUAACUCAAGGCCCAGCCCCAUCCUGGAGCCCGGCAUCCAGAGCUGCCUCUCCCACUUCUCCUUCAUCACGCACGGGUUUGGCUCGCCCGCCAUCUGCGCUGCGCUCACCGCACUCCAGAACUACCUCACUGAGGCUCUCAAAGGACUCGACAAGAUGUUUCUCAACAACCCUCCCAACAACCGGCACGGAGACGGCAGCAACAAGGGUGGCGACAAAGAUGAGAAGCAACGGAAAUGAAGCAGGGGAAGAAGGGGAGCGGUGACAGAGAGCAGUACAGGAGGAAGUCGUACAGACAGACAGAUAGAGGUGGUACACCGUUACUUCUAGCUUUACACCACUGCGACUGACCUGCCAAACAUGGGGCUAAGGUGGAGGAGGAGGAGGAGGAAGAGGAAGGCUUGGUAUGGAGAAAAGGCAGAGGAAGACACCCGUGGGCCAGUGUCAGAGAGCACAGAGGGAUUUUUCAUCUGUGUUACGUUCUUUUCAUUCCCCUGAGGACAUGGUGGUUACUGUGUUACAUCCAUUUUGCUCCCCCUGCCUGCAUCCUGUGAGACUGAGAUGCUGUGACCAGCCGACAAACAACAUUGUGUGUGUGUGUGUGUAUGUAUGUGUGUGUGUAUGUGUGUGUCUGUGUGCAUGCGCGAGUGUGUGCGUGCUUGUGUUUGUUAACAUCGGUGUGUGUCCUCACACAGAAAAAGCAUUGUGGGUAUGAAGAUUGGUCUGUGAAACAGCUUUGUCUGGUUACUUAACAAAAGGACGAGGAGGGACGUGUUAAUUUAUGUGUGUAAAUAUUUAUUUAUAUUAAUUUAAAUGGAUGGUUGUGUAAAUAGGUGCGCCAGCUAUUUUUGGAGUAGACCUAUUUAUCUGUGAUUCGACCUUUGUGACCCGAUGGGGGGACAGGACUCAUCCAGUGUUUUUCUGUUCUUAUAGAGCUGUUGUCAUGGUGCUGAUGAUGGGUAGACAUGCUUCUAAUUGUCCAGUGAUUUCAUUUCUAUCACAUUGAUAAUAAACCAUGUGUUUUAUUAUGCGA